AUGCAGUUGUCGUGGAAGGAUAUACCGCCAGUACCAACGUCGAAUGACAUGUUGGACAUAAUCUUAAACAGAACCCAGAGAAAGACGCCUACGGUGAUACGUCCUGGGUUUAAAAUCACCCGUAUUCGAGCAUUUUAUAUGAGGAAAGUCAAAUUCACAGCUGAAGGUUUUGUUGAGAAAUUUAACGACUUACUUAGCGGAUUUCCUAAUAUCAAUGAUAUUCACCCUUUCCAUCGUGACUUGAUGGAUACGUUGUAUGAAAAGAACCACUAUAAAAUUUCAUUAGCAGCUGUUUCGAAAGCAAAGACAUUGAUUGAACAAGUUGCUAGAGAUUAUGUACGUCUUUUAAAGUUUGGUCAGUCAUUAUAUCAAUGUAAACAGUUGAAAAGAGCCGCAUUGGGUCGUAUGGCUACAAUUACCAAGAAAUUGAAGGAUCCUUUUAUUUAUUUGGAGCAGGUUAGACAACAUUUAGGUAGAUUGCCCAGUAUUGACCCAAAUACGAGAACAUUGGUUAUUUGUGGUUACCCAAAUGUCGGUAAGUCUUCCUUUUUGAAGAGUAUCACUAAAGCAGAUGUUGAGGUUCAGCCGUAUGCAUUUACUACAAAAUCGUUAUAUGUUGGUCAUUUUGACUAUAAAUAUUUACGUUUUCAGGCGAUUGAUACUCCUGGUAUAUUGGACCGUCCAACAGAAGAGAUGAAUAAUAUUGAAAUGCAAAGUAUAUAUGCCAUUGCACAUUUGAGGUCCUGUGUUUUGUAUUUCAUGGAUCUUAGUGAACAGUGUGGGUUUUCAAUCGAGGCACAAGUUAAGUUAUUCCAUUCUAUAAAGCCACUAUUUGCUAAUAAGUCAGUUUUGGUUGUUAUGAAUAAAUCAGAUAUUAUUAAAAUCGAAGAUUUGAACAAAGAGCAACAAGAUUUGAUUGAUACUUUAAAGGUUGUUCCUGGUGUUGAAAUUAUGGAAACAUCGUGUUAUGAGGAAGAGGGUGUGAUGCAAGUGCGUAACCAUGCCUGUGAGAAAUUAUUGACGGCAAGGAUUGAACAGAAAUUAAAAGGUUCCGCAAGGGUCAAUAACGUUUUGAACAAGAUCCAUGUUGCCAAACCUCAGAAAAGAGACGAUGUUGCUAGAUUACCAUAUAUACCUGAAGGGGUCAAAGGACUGGUUAAAUACGAUCCCGAGGAUCCUGAGAGGAGAAAAUUAAGCAGGGAUUAUGAAGCGGAAAAUGGAGGUGCCGGUGUCUACAAUAUUGAUUUGAAAGACAAGUAUAUUUUGGAUGAAGAAGAAUGGAAACAGGACACGAUGCCAGAGUUUUUAGACGGUAAGAAUGUGUAUGAUUAUUUGGAUCCAGAUAUUGCUGCUAAAUUGCAAGCUUUGGAAGAAGAGGAAGAAAGAUUGGAAAGGGAAGGAUUUUAUGAUUCUGAUGAUUCUGAUGAAGACGAUGAAGACAUGGAGGAGAGUAAGGAGGAGAUAGCUGAUAUCAGAGCCAAAGCACAAUGGAUCAGAAAUAAGCAAAAGACAAUGAUAAUAGAGGGGAGAAAUAGGAAAUCGUUAAAGAAUAAAGCAAUAAUGCCCAGGGACCAAGUAAAAAAGACAUUCAGCGAUAUGGAAGAACACAUGUAUAACAUUGGACACGAUACGGACAAAUUGAGACAAAAGAUUGGGAAAAAGAAAAGAGAUGAUAACGAUGGUUCUCUUUCAGGUGUUGAUGUUCUUAGACAUAAUCAAGAGAUUAAAGCCAGGAAAUUGGCCAAGAAGAAACAAGCUCUUACUCAAUCCGAUAGAUUAAAUAAUGGUGUUUCUGAUGGUGCAAUGAGAUCGCAAGCUGAAAGAUUAGCCAAGAUACAAAGAAGAGAGAGAAAUAGAAUGGCUAGACAAGGUGAAGGUGAUAGACAUUCGACUGCUGCUUUACCUAAACAUUUGUUUAGUGGUAAAAGAGGUAUUGGGUCUAGUGAUCGUCGUUGA